AUGAACCCUAAAGGAUUGUUCACUAUGUUUUCAAAUUUUGGUGUCAUCAGAGAUGUCUAUAUCCCUGACAAAAGGAGAAAAGCAACGCGAAUCAGAUUCGAACUUGUAAGGUAUGAUGUUCUUUUGUCUCAUCUGCAAUUUGCGGAUGACACAAUUAUUUUCUCUGAAGCAGAUUGGGAUCAGAUGGUGCUUAUUAAAAGAGUUCUAAGAUGCUUCGAAGUUUUAUCUGGUCUACGAAUAAAUUAUCACAAAAGUGUGGUAUGUGGUGUUGGUGUGGAUGAUUCACUCUUGCUCUCCUUUGCAAAGCUCCUCAACUGUCAAGUCCACAGCCUAUCUCUGAAAUUUCUAGGUCUACCUCUUGGAGCCAACCCCGGGAGAAAAUCUACAUGGAAACCUGUGCUUGACAAAUUCAAAUCCAAACUCUCGGGGUGGAAGCGAAAAUUGCUGUCUUUUGCAGGCAGGUUAACACUAAUCAAGUCCACCUUAUCUAGUUUACCAAUUUAUUAUCUCUCUUUAUGGUGUGGCAAUAGAACAUUAAAGGUGAAAAAGACAGAUUUUGGGAGAGAUAAGGAACCAACAUAUUCAAGAGUAGCAAUUCAGAAAUCAAUUAGGAUACUGACAUCAACAGGGGCAGGUGUUGGAGGGAGAAGCUCUUACGGUGUGGUUUUGAAAGGAGGAAUGAAUGUUAGUGGCACUAAUACCAAGAUUAAGGUGGAAGAAUAUGCCACCAGGGGGCUUAGGCAUUAG